GCUUUAUUUUCUUCGUGGUUUCUCUUGAUUUCCCACUUGAAUAUUCUUUUUUAUGAAGUACCUAUUUGAUUCUCUUGUCUAUUGCGGUUGUCUGCCUAAUUCUUAGUGAUGAGUAUGACUUCUUUAUAUAUUACGGAUACAAGAUUCUUGAGGAAUAAUGUGUUACAAAUCUUCGCCCACUAUGUGGCUUGCCUUUUUACUCUUAUAAUGGUUUCUUUUGAUUUAAAAAAUGUUAUGAUUUUGCUGUUCUAUAUUCUAAGCCUUCAUUUUUUCACCUGUAAAGUAUGGAUUAUGAUAGUAUUUCACUCAUAGAAUUGUCAUGAGAAUUAAAUAGAAGAAUGCAUGUACUCCUGGCACUAAGUGACACUCAGUGAAUAUUAUUUUUACUCCUAGUGCCACCUGUUUCUUUCCCCAUCAAACCUUCCAUUUCCCUCUGUUUCCCCUGUUUUGAGUCUCAGAGAGAGCAUGUUGUAACAGAAAAGGCUGGUCAUUUGACCUUGAUUCAUUCUUAACUUCUCUGAGUUUGUGGUUAUUUGUAAAAUGUGAUUUCCAUCAACUUUGGGUUCAAUUUUCCCCUCUUUCCUAUUGAACAUUACUAUGUUCCAGCCACUAAAAAGGAAAAAAACAAAAUUGACACUACUCAUUCUCACUUGUCGAGCUCAUGACCCCUCCUACUGAAAUGAAACAUCAGUGCGAGGAGAGAGACGUGGUUCACUUUAACCACGGCCCUCCAGAGAACAGCAUGCCUGUUCCCCCAGCGAGCUUCAGUCUCAUCUUUCUCCUCUGCCAGCUCACAGGGCCCACAGCCUCUGGAGCCCAGCAGGAGCUGGUGGGUGCCAUCGGUGGAUCUGUGACUUUCCCUCUGACACACUCACUAGAUCGGAUUGACAGCAUUAUCUGGUUCUUUGGAAGUACUACUCUUAUCACCAUACAGCCAACAAUGACAAACAAACCAGACACUGUCAUAGUGACUAAAAAUCAUAACAAGGGAAGGUUAGGCUUCUCGCACGGGAACUACUCCCUGAAGCUCAGCAAACUGAGUAAGAAUGACUCAGGUGCCUACUCUGUCCAAAUACACAGCCCGUCCCUCCAGGAGCCCUUCGUCCAGGAGUAUGGGCUGCGUGUCUAUGAGCACCUAUCAAAGCCCAAAAUCACCUUGGGUCUGAAGAGGAAUAAAAAUGGCACCUGUGUGACCAAUCUGACAUGCUUCCUGGAACGGGGAGGAGAGGAUGUGACUUACAGCUGGAAGACCCUGGGGAAGACCUCCAAUGAGUCCCAUAAUGAUUCUGUCCUCCCCAUAACCUGGACGCUGAGGGAAAAGGACAUGACCUUCAUCUGCAUGGCCAGGAACCCCAUUAGCAGCAACUCUUCAAACCCCAUCUUUGUCCGGAAGCUCUGUGAAGGGAUUGCUGGUGACCUAGGUUCCACCAUGGGCCUGUGGAUUUCCAUGCUGCUCAUUGUCCUUGUACUGGUGUUAAUUAUUUUGACUGUGUGGAAACAGACAAAGAAAG